GUGAUUUGACCGAAAUUGGAUGGAACCCGAAUGUAAUAAUAGAAGAAGAGAGUGUAUGUAUAGCUAUAGCACUUGAUCCCCAAAUUACGAUUCUGCGAUACCAACACAAACAAACAAACAACACCUCCAGUCACCUGCAACCUCACUUCGCGCACCGCCAUGGCUGAUGAGGAACCUGUUGAUCAGAAGAGAUUUCUUGAAGAGUCUUGCAAACCAAAAUGUGUUAGACCGUUAAUUGAAUAUCAGGCAUGCAUUAAAAGGAUUCACGGUGAUGAUUCUGGUCAGAAACACUGCACAGGACAAUAUUUUGAUUAUUGGUAUUGUGUUGACAAAUGUGUUGCACCAAAGCUAUUCACCAAACUGAAGUAAUAGGGGGAGAAUAUUUUGGUAUUAUAAUACCGUUCUGUUUUAUCUUCAUUCCCAAAUAACUGCCCCCAAACCUGUGAUUUUGUAAUCUUUGAUUCAAGACACAUAUUUUGCUCAUUGGGAAAUUUUGACCCAUGGAGACCUUGGAUGAUAAUUAAUAAUAAAAUUAUGCCAAUUCAUUA